AUGCGAUUAGACAAGUUCAACAAGGCACCCUUCACGCCCAUCAAGUCGUCUCCCGUGGCCACAGUACAGCCGCGAAGCGUACCCAACGAUUCUCCCCUCAAGCUGAGCCCGCAGACGACUGCUGAAAGGCCCGACGUCAAGAGCGAGGCCAACGGCAAGCCGGUCAGCCAAACGCAGCCGAUUCCAGUCAAUGGCUCGAGCGGCGCCCGGCGUCUGAGGGCGGGCUCCGUCGACAAGCAGACCAGCAGCAGCGUGACGCCGCCUCACCGUCGCAACUCGUGGUUCUCCAACAUCUCGGCCAAGUUCUCAGGCUCAGUCCCCCAGGCGAACGGCCAGACGCAGCAGACGGGCAAUCAGCAGCAUGCGCCUUCACAACAGCACCAGCCGGCGGCCCCAACAAACGCAGAACCCGUUGUGCCCAAAAUUACGCCGACCAAGAACGCCGUCCUCCAGCAUGGGUUAAAACCGGAGGGCGACGAGCCAUACACGCCGGCCCCGCCGAGAUCGGGCCAGCCUGGACUGCUCGGCGUCUUUCGGCGCCUUUCUUCCUCAGGCGGUGGAAGCAGUGGUGCUCUUGGCGCUGCCGGCAAAUUCAAUCACGGUCUGGUUGAGCGCCGGAUAUUGAACGUGGACCGGGAUCGAGAAAGAUGCCCGAUUGCAGAGCUCAAGGACAACAAGCUGAGGCGGGUGUCCUUCUUCGUCGACGUCGAGGUUGCGCCCAUGCCAAAGUACGCAGAAACAGAGGCAGACACCGAUUCCAUCGACCACACCCAGAAGAAGAAACUGAGCGAGAAGGGCGAGGGCGAGGCUUUGAAACACCCCAAGGUUGCCGAAGCCCAAAAGGAGGCUUGCUCAUCUUCGACUGAGAAAACCAAAGCCGCUCCAAAGGACAUGACGAGAAAGAAGGAGAAGAAGAAGAGAAGUGAAGAGGAGCGCAAGGCCAGGAAAGAGAAGAGGCGGCGGCUCGCCGAAGAGAGCGGAGCGAUUCCCAUAGAGAUUCACUAUGACAGCAGCGACUCUGCCGAGCUGCACGGUCCCCCCUCCAAGACGAACUCGCCCACAAUCAACCCGGUCAGAAUCUACCGAAGAUGCUGCCAGCUUCGCGAGACCCCCAUUCUCAAGAAGAUUACCGAGCAGCUGAGCGACACGGCCAACAUUCUCCCCAAUGGGUGCGUGAACAAGAUUGACUUGACCGGCUACUUCAUGCAGCUGCAAGAUCUCAUCACCCUGGGCGACUAUCUUGCCGUCGUGUCCGUGAAGGAAGUCAUUCUGCAAAACAGCGGGCUCACUGACGAAGGCGUCAGAGUCAUUCUAGCUGGUCUCCUGGCAGCCAAGCACACAGAGCCGGGGAGGCGGAGGAGGAAUUCCAAUGCCCAUCAUGAGCAUACGAGCGGAGUCGUGGAGAGGGUCGUGCUGAAGGAAAACAAGCUGGGGCCAGACGGCUGGAAGCACAUUUCGCUCUUCAUCUACAAGUGCCGGUCGCUCAAGUACCUGGAUCUCUCGAGCAUCCCCUUCCCCCGCCAAGCUCCCGCCAACCCCAACGGCACGCUUCAGAACGGCGUCCACAUCCCGCUCACCAUUGCCGACAUCUUUUCCAAGGCACUCUCAGAUCGCCCAGCCGGGCCCGCGCUCGAAAUGCUCAGCGUCGGCGAGACGGAGCCCAGCAUGGAGCAGCUGGGCAAGAUCAUCGACGGAGUGAUCAAGUGCGGCGUGAAGCGACUCAGCACUGCCCGGAAUCCCCUCGACAGCGACGGCGUCCAGCACGUUGUGAGGUAUCUGGAGUCUGGAAAGUGCGAAGGCCUGGACCUGGGCGGCAUCGAUCUCAGGGAGCACAUGGACACCAUUGCGGCGUCCAUCAAGGAGACGGAUCCGCUUUGGGCGCUGAGCAUCUCCGACUGCAACCUGACGCCCUCGUCUCUGCGCAACAUUCUGCCCGUUUUGGCCAAGCUGAAGAAUUUCGUCUUCAUCGACCUUUCCCACAAUCAUGAUCUCUUCCAAUCCACGCCGAGUGCUGUUGGUCUUCUCAGAAGAUAUAUUCCCAAAAUGCAAUGCCUCAAGCGGCUGCAUCUGGCGGAUGUCAACAUGACGGCUGAGCAAGCGAUUGCCAUUGUCGAAGUCGUGCCGGAAGCCCGCCAUCUCUGCCACCUGAGUCUGCUGGGGAACACGGAGAUUGUGGCCCUUGCGAGCGCCAAGACGGAGGAAGCGCAAGAAGAAGCCUGCGCCUUGUAUGCGUCGCUGAUGGCUGCCACUAGGCUGUCCAAGAGCUUGAUUUGCGUGGACAUUGAGGUCCCCAGCGAGGAGGCUGGCGAGAUCGUCAAGGCAAUGGCAAAGCAGGUUGUGGCCUACUGCCUGCAGAACAUUGAGCACCUCCACGAUGUCGAGAUCAACGAGGCGGUGGCCACAGCGCUAGCCGAGGCCAAGGGAGAGUCUCUGGAUAGCAAGACCCCGACGUAUCCCGAUGUGCUGGCGCAUCUCGUUGGCCACGACGUCCUAGAGGAGGACGAGCUGGAGGAGGACGGCUCCGGGCCGGACGAGGACUACGUCAUUGGUGGUACCGGCGUUGUCAAGGCGCUUGCGUGCUGCCUCAAGAACCGCGGCGACGAAUCUCGCCGGGCUUCUGGCGAGUUUUUCCGGGCAGGCGGCGUCGAGGAAGAGCAUCUUGUCGGCCCCAAGAUCCCGACGACGAGCGGCAAGGCCAAGGACCUGUCGAAGCACUUGCUGGCCGGUGCUCGCAAGAUCCGACAGCGUCUCCAGCCGGCACUGAGCAAGGCGAGAGCGAAUCCGAGCGACGAGCUGAACCUGCGCAAGCUCAACUUCCUGGACGAGACGCUGCAGGGCAUCAUCAAGCGCUUCGAGGACGAGUAUCCCGACACUCGCGAGCACGCGGAAGAAAGCCAGGUGUCAUCCCAGCCGGAGGCGGAGGUGCUCUCGUCAUCUCCACCCCCCCUGGACGACGCCGCGGCAGGCGGAUCAGACCCCGAAGACGAGGGCGAGCUCAGCGUGCGGCCCACGCUGUCACGGAACAACUCGAUCCUGGGCAAGCAGCUCGCCGAGGAAGAAGGACGGGUACACCGUGCCGGUCACCGAUUCCGAUCUGCCUUUACGGAGCACAUGGACCUCCUCACGACCAUUGACGACGUGGAAAAGGACCCAAAGCACGCGCAUGUGCUUAACGAGAUUGCCGAAGAGGUUGGCGGGGAGUUCCUGGAACUGGCCAAGAAGAAGGGUGCCGUCCAGGCUUUCAAGGAGAAUAGGGAUAUUCUCUUUGCAGCCUUGAAAGAGAGCGAUCCCGAGUAUUGGGAGCGCUUCGUCGAAGCGCAGCGCAAGGCACGAGCCAACAUCAACUUGCCGGCUGCGGAGAAGAACGAGGAAAGACUGCGACAGGCCCAGGCAGACGAGAGCGCCAUUGCCGAUUAGUUGACGGGCAGCGCAUGAUUUGUGUUUCUGUUCGCGACUACCCCCUUAUUCUGGUGCUUUACUUGAUCCCCAAAUUUUGUUUAUACCAUCGUUUUUUGUUUCUUUUUCCCCCAUGGAGGAUUUUUGGGAUUUUGGAUA